GCGGGGCGGGACUUCCUGUGUUCGGGCCGGCGACCGCGGGGAGGUUGUUGAUGUCGAUGUUGAUGAUGAUGAUGAUGAGGAAGGUGCUGCUGGCGGCCGCGGCCCGGCUCCCCGAGAGGAGGGUGGCAUGUUUGAAAAGCCAGCCAGUCAGCUUGGUGAACACAACUUGUACCGUUAGCCGUUGGGGUCUGCUGACCUCCCGAGCGUUGGGACGGUGGUUCUCAACCAAUCAAAAGAAUGAGUCUCAGUUGGCCUCAGCCACAGUGACCCUGAGUGACAGCUGUGUCAAGAAAUUACAGAAGACUUUGGAAGAGGAAGAGUUUCUGAGGGUACACGUGGAAGGGGGUGGCUGCUCUGGAUUUCAGUAUAAAUUCACCCUGGAUAAGACCAUCAACCCAGACGACAGGUUGUUUGAUCAGAAUGGUGUCCGUGUUGUUGUGGACUCCGACAGCAUGGAGUACCUGAAGGGGGCGACAAUCGAUUACAGCGAGGAGCUGAUCCGCAGCUCAUUCCAAGUGAUGAACAACCCACAGGCAGAGAACGGCUGUUCUUGUGGGAGUUCCUUUUCCAUCAAACUCUGAGCUGAAUCCCCCAUCUCACCUUCCAUUGAAGACGCACUCGAUGUAAAACAAGCAAACGUUCAGCCAAGCACAUAGCAAGUCUCAAGCCCCCGACCUGGAUUGACAAAGGAAAGGACCGAGGGUGGGGGGAGUGCUGGACUGUCACAGUAUUAACCCAUCACUGGAUCUUGCUGUCAUGCUUUGUAUUGCUUUACUGCAAAGUAUUUACAAAAAAAUGUGCUUGUGAAACCCAGUGGUAAGAAGUGCACAAACUUUUUAACGUCUGAUUGUCCAUGUGUCGCUGCACAUUGGUUCUUCAAAGCAGAAUAAUGCCUGUGCAAGUAAUUCAUUACAACCUGAAGGAUGUGACAAUCAACACCCCCAAAAAGAUAUUGGGGUGGGGGGAUUGAUUGCUUCCCCAUGAGAGAAGAUAUUUGACUUUGUAUCUGUCUCAGAGCAGUUUGCAGGAAACUGGCACGGCUGAUAAACAGUCACUGGUGCCUUGCCUGAGAGAAGGAUUGGAGUUUAAAGCCAAGUAAACAGUUCACUAUCAGCCAGAAUUUGGCUUUGUACUUAGAUCUGAAUGCUGAGGUUGGUAGCCAGGCCAUGGUCAGUCUUUGUCAAUGUUUAGUCCCACGUGUGUGACACAGUUGCACCAAAUCAGAUUGAUGAGAUUUAUGGUUCUGUUAAAAAGUUACACAAAACAAACUGCAGCAUUGAGCUGAGUCAUCCAAUCGACCUGUGUCCUUAAUAGAAGAGCUCGUCUGGAGGACUUAGUCAUGAGACAUAAGCCUGAGCUGUUUCCUGUUACAUCGGUAUGCACUUCACCCUAGGACAUAAAUUUUGGGAGUUCAGUGCUUACUUUGCUGUAAUGAGGGGCUGGCGCCACGUGUGACUUGUCACAAAUUGCAUGAUACUCACAAGAAGAGGAAGAGCUGAGACCGAGGUCAGUCUCCUUACAACAAAACUUUCUAAUGAGGGAUGAGUGCCUCUCUGUUCUGAGAAAACAAUGAGCUCGAUGCAUGAUCCAAGGUGGGAUCAUUACCUUAGAACCAGUCGUUUGCAGCACAUAAAGAGUUUGUGUGUGCGUUCCCGAUUUCCUGACUGGUUUGCUGCUUGCCCCUUAGUACAGAUGGACAUAUUGACACCUUAUCCUACCAGUCUGGAGAGCUAAUUGCAUUGCACUACAACAUAUAGUUGAAAGUCAAGUGAAGGAGAUAGUUAAGACAGGAAAAGGCUUAACUGUGUUAAUAUUCAGGCUUUCAGAUUUCUCAGGGAAAUUCCCCCUCCCCCAUCACCAGCUAAGUUAUCUCCUUUAGUUAUUUCUGUCAGCUUUUUUAAAAAAAGUUGUUUAAAGAAUAUUCAUCUUCUGGGUGUAUCUUAAAAUGCUCUCAUUCCUUCCAGCCCUCUGACUCUCCAUUGCUUCACCAUCCCAUUGCCCUUGUCCAUUUGCAUGCUGACCACACAGAAAUAACAUUUCUCCCAGUGUCCUGGCCACUUUUAACUCACAGCCUAGGCUGAUACACCAGCGCAGUGCUGGGGGAGCUGUAAUUUUGGAGAUGCCAUCCUU